UGGAAGCAGUGCGCGCAGUGGCUCAUUCACUGCAAGGUGCUGCCCGCCAACCACCGGGUGACCUGGGACUCGGCGCAGGUGUUCGACCUGGCUCAGACCCUCCGCGAUGGAGUCCUGCUCUGCCAGCUGCUCAACAACCUCCGUGCACACUCCAUCAACCUGAAGGAGAUCAACCUGAGGCCGCAGAUGUCCCAGUUUCUCUGUUUGAAGAACAUAAGGACAUUCCUCACGGCCUGUUGCGAGACAUUUGGAAUGAGAAAGAGUGAACUCUUCGAGGCGUUUGACCUGUUUGAUGUUCGUGAUUUUGGAAAGGUAAUAGAAACAUUAUCACGACUUUCUCGCACACCUAUAGCGUUGGCCACGGGAAUCAGGCCCUUCCCAACGGAAGAAAGCGUUAACGAUGACGACGACGUCUACAAAGGCCUGCCUGACCUGAUAGAUGAAACCCGUGCGGAGGACGAAGAGGGCCUGUACGACUGUGUGUACGGGGAGGACGAAGGUGGCGAGGUGUACGAGGACCUGAUGAAGGCAGAGGAAGCGCAGCCGCCCAAAUGUCCAGAAAAUGACAUACGAAGUUGCUGCCUAGCAGAAAUUAAGCAGACGGAGGAAAAAUAUACAGAAACAUUGGAGUCAAUAGAAAAAUAUUUCAUGGCACCGUUAAAAAGAUUUCUGACAGCAGCAGAAUUUGAUUCAGUAUUCAUCAACAUUCCUGAACUUGUGAAAGUUCAUCGAAACCUAAUGCAAGAGAUUCAUGAUUCCAUUGUAAAUAAAAAUGACCAGAACUUGUAUCAAGUCUUCAUUAACUACAAGGAGAGGUUGGUUAUUUAUGGGCAGUAUUGCAGUGGAGUGGAGUCAGCCAUCUCUAGUUUAGACUACAUUUCGAAGACAAAAGAAGAUGUCAAACUGAAAUUGGAGGAAUGUUCCAAAAGAGCAAAUAAUGGGAAAUUUACUCUUCGAGAUUUGCUGGUAGUUCCUAUGCAACGUGUUUUAAAGUAUCACCUUCUCCUCCAGGAGCUGGUCAAACACACCAUGGAUCCUAUGGAGAAGGCCAAUCUGAAACUGGCCCUUGACGCAAUGAAGGACUUGGCACAAUAUGUGAAUGAAGUGAAAAGAGAUAAUGAGACCCUUCGUGAAAUUAAACAGUUUCAGCUAUCUAUAGAAAAUCUGAACCAACCAGUUUUGCUUUUUGGACGACCUCAGGGAGAUGGUGAAAUUCGGAUAACCACUCUAGACAAGCAUACAAAACAAGAAAGGCAUAUCUUCUUAUUUGAUCUGGCAGUGAUUGUAUGUAAAAGGAAAGGUGAUAACUAUGAAAUGAAGGAAAUAAUAGAUCUUCAGCAGUACAAAAUAGCCAACAAUCCUACAACUGAUAAAGAAAAUAAAAAGUGGUCUUACGGCUUCUACCUCAUCCACAUCCAAGGACAAAAUGGGUUGGAAUUUUAUUGCAAAACAAAAGAUUUGAAGAAAAAAUGGCUGGAACAGUUUGAAAUGGCUUUGUCUAACAUAAGGCCAGACCAUGCCGACUCCAACUUCCAUGAGUUCAAGAUGCACACCUUCAACCGGGUGACAUCCUGCAAGGUCUGCCAGAUGCUCCUGAGGGGAACAUUUUAUCAAGGCUAUUUGUGCUUUAAGUGUGGCGCAAGAGCGCACAAGGAAUGUUUGGGGAGAGUAGACAAUUGUGGCCGAGUUAAUUCUGCUGAACACGGGACGCUCAAACCACCUGAGAAACGGACCAAUGGCCUCCGAAGAACUCCCAGACAGGUGGAUCCAGGUUUACCAAAGAUGCAGGUCAUUAGGAACUAUACUGGAACGCCACCCCCUGCUCUUCACGAAGGGCCCCCGCUGCACAUCCAGGCAGGAGACACGGUUGAACUCCUGCAAGGGGAUGCGCACAGUCUGUUUUGGCAGGGUAGAAAUUUAGCAUCUGGAGAGGUUGGAUUUUUUCCGAGCGAUGCUGUGAAGCCUUGCCCCUGUGUGCCCAAACCAGUAGAUUAUUCUUGCCAACCCUGGUAUGCUGGAGCAAUGGAAAGAUUGCAGGCAGAGACUGAACUUAUUAAUAGGGUAAAUAGUACUUACCUUGUGAGGCACAGGACCAAAGAGUCAGGAGAAUAUGCAAUUAGCAUUAAGUACAAUAAUGAAGCAAAGCACAUCAAGAUUUUAACAAGAGAUGGCUUUUUUCACAUUGCAGAAAAUAGGAAGUUUAAAAGUUUAAUGGAGCUGGUGGAGUACUACAAGCAUCACUCUCUCAAAGAAGGGUUCAGAACCUUGGAUACAACUCUGCAGUUUCCAUACAAGGAGCCAGAACAUUCAGCUGGACAGAGGGGUAGCAGAGCAGGCAACAGCUUGUUAAGUCCGAAGGUGCUGGGCAUUGCCAUCGCCAGGUAUGACUUCUGUGCAAGAGAUAUGCGAGAACUGUCCCUGUUGAAAGGAGACGUGGUGAAGAUUUACACGAAGAUGAGUGCGAACGGCUGGUGGAGAGGAGAAGUGAAUGGCAGGGUGGGCUGGUUUCCAUCCACGUAUGUGGAAGAGGAUGAAUAAAUUCCAAUCCAGCGUUGCACCCUGCACCAGGACUCAGAGAAAGGAUAAACAGGAGCCUGCGCAGCAUUAUGAAUUCACUGAAGGGUGUAAGAAGCUGCCUUUCUGGCUAUUCAGCACCCUUCCCCCCGUCCCCUCCCAAGUCCUAACGCUGGGAUUUCUAAAGAUGCUGCUGCUGACAGAUUAAUGGCUUGCCUGGAGCUGCACAGGAAUCAGCCUGCCAUGCCAGUCUGUCACCGCCGGAGACCAGGGCAGAGCCAAAAGCCUUUCUUCCCAGAAGAGCCCUGCACACACACACUGGCUCAUGUUUCUUUUUACUUCGUCUAGUCAGACGCCGUGAACGCCAGCCGUCAGUAAAUGCUUCGCACGUAUUUACUUUCUUCUCACGCGCCAGUCACCAGAAUUUCUGAUGGCACAGAGCAGCAGCAGGUUGAUUUGCCCUUCCGAGCGUAUAUUAAAAUUAAGAGUUCUGCCACUGGGGCGGCUUAUUGGAAAGGUCCAGCAGCACUUGUCUUAAAUUGCCUCACAAGGUGGCUCACUGCCUGGCAAGCACUUUCUUCCCAGACGUUACUCACGGUAAAACAUGAGAGGCAGAGGCUCAGGUUUGCCUCUUAAGUGACAGAUCGCAGGGGGGUUAACUAUUCAUCUCAUGUCCUGAUUGUAUUUGCAGACUUCAUAAAAAGAAAACCUACGAGAGCGUGCACAAAAGAAUGUCUUCCUAUUAAAUCUUCAGAACCUCCCUGAUUUCUUAGGGUUACUGUGGAAAUGUGCUUUAUGAGAGAAUCUUGGCUGAGAACGUUUUAGGUAGUUGUCAAUAACCUGCACUAAGUGUGGCACUGUUUACAGAAACAGAUCAAGGGCUGUGAUUUUUAAGUAAGUCGUUUUAGAGAAGCAACAUCUAUUAACAUACGCUCUUUUCUCCCCCACCACCUCUCCCGCCCCCC